AUGGAGGGAGCUUCAACUUCAUCUGAAGGUCUUCACAUGGUUGACGACUUCUACCAUUCAGUACUUUACGGUGAUGAAGAAAUAAUUUCAAUUUCGGAUGAGAAAUAUGCUGAAGAUCUGCAACUACAAGAAGCCCUCUAUUACUCCACAGUGUCAAGUGCUAGGGUUGAAAACAAAGUUGCAGAUGAUGAUGAACCUUUGAAAAAACUCAAGAGGAAACAGAAAGAGAAGGGUGAAACUUCUAAAACUUCUUCCCGUGCAUUCUGUGGUAUUUGCAUGGAUGCAAAACCUGGAGAACAAAUGUUCAGGAACCAAAACUGUUCCCACCUUUAUUGUGAUCAUUGCAUUCAAGGACAUGUUGCUGCCAAGAUUCAGGAAAAUAUAUCAAUGGUGAAAUGUCCUGAGCCAAUAUGCAAAGCUGUUAUAGAGCCUGAGAACUGUCGUUCGAUUAUCCCUAAAGAAGUGUUUGAUAGAUGGGAAAAUGCUCUUUGUGAGAACAUGGUGCUUGCGUCACAAAAGUUUUAUUGUCCCUUCAAGGAUUGUUCUGCUAUGAUGAUAUGUGAUGCAAGCGAAGUUGUGACUUCAUCGGAGUGUCCACAUUGCAAUAGACUGUUUUGUGCACAGUGCAAGGUUUCAUGGCAUGCGGGAUUAGACUGUAAGGAGUUUAAGAGGUCGAAAAGAGAGAAAAGAGAAAACGGAGACUCAUUGGUGACGAACCUUGCGAAGAAGAAGGGUUGGAGAAGAUGUUCAAAAUGCAAAAUUUACGUAGAAAGAAUCCAUGGAUGUACUCGUAUUUCAUGCAGGUCGGUUUCGAUGCACGGAAGAAGUGAAGUCAUCAAUCCAUACAGCGAAACCGAUGUGGCCAUGAAUUUUGCUAUGCUUGUGGAUCGUCUUGGACUGGGCACGGUGGUAGAGCGCUGCGGUGACAGCGACGAUCGAGUGGUACAGGGCGGCGAUGAUAACGACGAUCGAUCGAGUGGUUGA